AUGGCUCGAUUUCAGCUCUUCUACUUGUUAUCCACUUUGGUCCUCUUUGGAUAUGUUGAAGCUCAAGAAACUACCACCAGUGACUUGACAAAGUUGCCUCAGUAUCACUACAAGCCUAGGACGUUCAUUCUGACGGACAUUCUCAAUGAGCCCGAUGAUCAGAUGUCAGUGGUUCGCUAUCUGACCUACUCAAAUGAGUUUGAAACCAAAGGUCUGGUUGCCACAACUUCCGUUAGCAUGCCAAACGAAACGCACCCAGAGGCUAUCGAGCUUAUCAUCAGAGCAUAUGGCGAAGUUGUUUCCAAUCUAAACAAGCAUGUGCACCCCAAUGCAACCUUCAGUCCAGCCGAAGACCUUCUGAAACUUGUGAGAUCAGGCCCAGUGGUUUACGGCCGGCAGGCUCUCGAUGAACCGUUAAGCGACGGCGCCAGACUUCUUGUCGAAGCGCUUGAAGCGGACGUCAAUCCGUUGUUCGUAUCCAUUUGGGGCGGAGCCAACACCCUAGCGCAGGCCUUGCAGUUCUUCCACGCAGAACGAACUCCCAGUGAAGCAGCCGAGCUUCGUUCCAGGCUUCGGGUCUACUCGAUCUCGGACCAGGACGAUUGCGGCCCAUGGAUUCGAGCGAACUGGCCAGAUAUCACGUACAUCGUCAACGUGCACGGCUUUCGGGAAUAUCAAGCGUCCACAUGGAGCGGCAUAGGCGGUUCAGAUAAUGGUGCUUCCAACGUGACGAAAACACAAGAUGACUGGCUGACUCCCAACGUCCGCAUCGGCCCCCUAGGUCAGGUGUAUCCCAAGAUUCUCUAUGGAAUGGAGGGCGACUCUCCCAGCUUCAUGUGGCUUAUUCAAAACGGUCUCAACAGUGCCGGGCGCCCAGACUGGGGUGGUUGGGGUGGUCGGUACAGUCGUGUAACCGAGGCCGCGGACAUCAAUGAAUAUGGCACAUCCAUGGAUACAGCAGUUUCCGUCUCUGGGCUAGAUCAUCAAAGCCCAGGUGCCACAGUUUGGCGGUGGCGAGACGCCUACCAAGACGACUUUGCUGCGCGAAUGCAGUGGACGGUUACGGAUGGUUUCGAAGGCGCAACGCAUCCACCCAAUAUCGACGUCAAUGGCUCCGUCAGUUUUGAUGCGAUGGAGAUCUUUCUAUCGUCCAAAGACUCCGUUGUAUUAGAUGCCAGCGAAACCUAUGAUCCUGAUCACCCCGAAAGCUCUACUCAUCUUGAAUUCGAAUGGUAUGCCUACACGGAAGCCUCCGUCGCUUGGGCAAGUGGAUAUCUCGCGGGACUCAUUGAGAUCCGUCCUCUAUCGCCACCAUCUGGCACAAACGGUUAUCUCGAGGUCAACAAUGCAGGGUUCAGGAAAGUCACGAUUGGUCCGAGGGUCCAGAUCACGAACAAUGUGCCGAGCAUCUCGCGACUUAAGGGAGCAUCUUGGCAUGUCAUUCUACAGGUAAACAACAACAAGGGCCAACAUCCCGUUCGCAGGUAUAAGCGAAUCCUGAUUCAAGAUUCGGAGAGCAAGAGUUGA